GCGGACUAUUCAAGUUACUGAUAUACCUUGUAACUCUCCAAAAAUUAAGACAAAUCAAGGAUAUCUGGAAACUGUGGAGCAUAAGAAAGCUGUAUUCCUUGAGAUUGGAAACAAUAAAGAAUUUGAUGUUACUUUGGACUGUCCACCAAGUGAAACUCGUGAUGAAGCAAUAUACGACUUUGAGUGGCAAGUGAAAUACACAUCAGAAGAAGGAGUGAUUUCAACGGUUGAAUUAGAUGAUAGUGUGAUUCAAACAUACUCAUCAAUACAAUUUGCACCUGGAUGGCUUCCUUAUGGUAUUGCAAAUAUAUCUCUGACAUUAAAUGUCCAGGGAGUACCAGAUACAACUUCUACAAACUACACCCUACUAGAGAUCCUAUCAAGUCCUUUGAUAGCAGAGAUAGAGGGUGGGAAAGAACGUAGUGUAAACAGCAUGGAAAGACAAGUGUUUUCAGCAGCUGCCUCUUUCGAUCCUGAUGUUCCAGAAGGC